UUCAUUUGGCGACCAUCAUGUUUUGCAGUCGAUGUGGUCAUUGCUUAAAUGCUCACGUUGAUUGCAAGUUUUGCCCCAACUGUGGAAAAGCUCAAUCUGAUGCAGAUGAAUUUGGUCAAAUCACAAAAACUGAAAAGAUAAAAUCAGAUGAAGAGCUAAACAAUGCAUCCACUCACAGAAAGAAAUCAAUAAAAACAUUUAAUGAAUACCAAAGAACUAAAGGGUCUCAAUGGAAAUCUACUGUUUCAAAAGGGAAGGGACGAAAGGAGAAAAGCUCUGACAAGACUGUUAAAGUGUUUAUUGGUCUGUUUGAAUUCAAUGACAAAGAAAAAAGCUUAAAACCAAAACGUGGAAAACGAAUGGCACUAAAUGUGUCACAUGAAGCACCUUACAAAGAAAUUUUGAAAAAUGCAACAACAAAGUGGAAAGCAUUUCAUAGCAAUCUCUACGAUGAUGAAGAAGAAUACAUGCUCCUUUUUGAAGAUGGAAAAGAAGCUCUUUUCCUUCCUGGAUCAAAAAAGCAGUUUUUUACUUUAAAACAAUACAAAGAAGAACUGGGAAGAGAUUAUAACAAGAUCACUUUGUAUUUAUGCACAAAAACUGAUUUUAUUUUACAGGAAGAGGAAGGUUGUAGAGAAAAAGCCUCUACAUCCAGAAAGAGAUUUCGAAGCGAGUCAUCUGAUGAUGAAGAUGAGGAAUUUUUUAAUGAAAAUCUUCACUUCUGUGAAGAUUUCUCACAAGAUAAUUCUCAAGUUUUGAGUGAUGAGAACCUAGCCAAAAAGUUGCAGCUUGAACUUGAUGAGGAAUUACCAGUGCCCACAACUAUUGUCACUGGAAGUGAAGAACUAAAAGACAUUCCCAAUUCAUAUAAAGUUGACAACGUUGAUCUUUCCACAUUUAUGAAAGGCAUUGAGAAAAACGUUGACUACAAUGGACAGUUUUUCCUUGUUGUGCGACGCAGUGCUUCAAUUAUUCGAUCUUUAUCAUUAUGGCAGCGAGAAUGCAAAAGAUCUGACCCCAACAAAGUACUUCGAGUUAAAUACAUGGGAGAAGAUGGCAUUGACUCAGGUGCCAUGUCGAAAGAAUUUUUGUCUGAAGCAAUCUCGCAAAUGAGUUUGACAAUGUUUCCCAAUGGAACACCAAUUGACUCUGUGUACAAUAUUCAGAAUGGAAACUUUAGAGCUUGUGGUCAAUUGGCUGCUACUUCCAUUGCUCAAGGAGGUCCCCCACCAUGCAUUUUGGAUGAAAAUGGCUUGCACACUGAUGACAUAAUAGGAACUGUAAUGAGCAUAAUUGGCAAACGAAUUCUUUUCUUAAAGAGUUUGCUGGAAGGGCUAAAAGUUCGUGUAUUGCAAGCAGUUAAAGAAAAUGAAGAAGUAGCCAAAAAUGUUUUGGUGAAAGGCAAAGAAACUCACGAUGUAGAUGCAAAUCUUUUUUCUCUGCUGUGCCCUGAUUAUUCUGAUGAUGGUACUUCAAGAAGAAUGCUUGAAGAAACCAUCAUGGAUAACUUUCAAGAUUUCUUCAUGGCACUGGAAGAUAAUCACAUAUCUGGAUACAAAGAGGAAAUUGCAUGGAAUACCAAACCGGCUGAAACUGAUCAGUAUGCUGAUGAUGGUGAAGAAGUGGAUGAAAGCACUCAUUCCAUAAUGGCAAAUCUGACACCUUCAGGUAUCUUAGGCUGGCUUACAGGCCAGAAACAUCGGUCAUUAAAUGGUGAUGUUUUAAAAAUAACUGUCAGAUUUGAUCAUGAUUGCCUAUUAAGGAAUCCUAAUCAUACUACCUGCUUUCCUAUUGUUGGAGCUUGUGGCCGUACCAUAACAAUCCCUGUUGCACACAUGAGCAAAACUGGUGAUUUUCAGCAUCUCUUUUUGCUAGCAAUAUGCAAAGGUGGUGUUUUUGCAACUUCUUAAUUUUACAAAACUAAGUUGUAAACAAGAGAAGCAUUUGAAACUGUAUAAUUGACACAGACUAUAAGAGUAUCGUUUAGUUUACAUAACACAUUAGUUGAUGUUGGUUUUAAUUCACAGCAAAUCUUUUGGCUGUUACUUCAAAUUUUGUAAAUUUUAUAAGAUGUCACAACAGUUAUUCAGACAUAGUAAACAGAAAAUUAUAUACAA